AUGUCGUGCAUUCCAUCCACUGACGCCGAGUGGACGGCGGCGAUUUCAAAGGUGAAGGAGCGGGUGCCCCAGCGGUCAUUAUCGCUGCCACCAGUCCCCCUAGGAAUUCCGGGGAUGAUCGACCACACUCUUUUGAAAGAGCCAAUCGAACCGGAGCAGAUUGAUCUCCUUUGUGAUGAAGCGCGGGAGUACGGUUUUGCUUCUGUCUGCGUUCGACUCGGAUAUGUUGCCCGGGCUGCUGCCAACCUCCAGGACACGCCCAGCGUCGGGGUGGCCUGUGUGGUGGGAUUCCCGGAGGGCACUCAUGAUACACAGAGCAAAGUUCGUGAAGCUCGCGAGGCGGUCGCCCACGGAGCAACAGAGCUCGACAUGGUUAUCAACUACCCGAAGUUAAAGGACGGCGGAUACGCAUCGGUCUACGACGACAUUUUCGCGGUGCGCAAAGCCGCACCGGAACCCAUUAUUCUCAAAGCUAUCAUCGAAGCAUCGGAGCUAGACAAGGACCAAAUAAUUGCUGCUACCAUUGUGUCCUGCAUGGCCGGCGUGGACUUUGUCAAGACAAGCACUGGAUACCAAGGUCCCGCCACGACGGAUCAAGUCACGACCAUGCGUCUCGCUGCCGAGGCCAGCGGUCACGCCCACUGCAGAGUCAAGGCGAGCGGUGGAAUCCGAAAUGCGACUGACAGCAUGCGGAUGGUGAAGGCGGGUGCAACGCGCAUUGGAACCAGCGCUGGAAUCACCAUUGUGCGCGAGCUCGAUGAGGGGGAGAUCCUGGAACAGGGAGCCAGCCAUGCUGUAUAUUAA